UGGCUUUUUAAAAGCAAGUUUCGGAAUAAAAACAUCUAACCUCACCUGCUCCUUUUGUGAUUGUCUUGGGGAAUCACGAAUGAAUAAAGUUUUGAAAUAUGACGUUUGUGUCAAGAUGGCGGCGCCCCUUUCCACGAUGAAAUUCUGGAAACCCGGAUCAGAAGGCCCUGGGGUUUCAGAAGAACGAGAGCUCACAACAGAGACUACUGGCUCCCCCGUUAUUUAUAACCCCUUCACCGCGCUGUCCAUUGAGAAACAGCGGCAGAAACUUCCAGUGUUUAAGCACAGAAAUCAUAUCCUGUAUCUGGUGGAGAGCUACCAGACAGUUGUGAUUGUAGGCGAGACAGGCUGUGGGAAGAGCACUCAAAUCCCUCAGUACCUGCUGGAGGCUGGAUGGGCUGCGGAGGGCAAGGUUAUUGGGGUGACGCAGCCUCGGAGGGUGGCUGCCAUUUCAGUUGCCAAUAGGGUGGCUGAAGAACGUGGUGCCCUGCUGGGCCAUGAGGUUGGCUACACCAUUCGGUUUGAUGACUGCUCAGACCCCCAUGCCACCCGUAUCAAGUUCCUGACAGAUGGCAUGCUGGUGCGAGAAAUGAUGGCUGACCCCCUGUUGAAGAAAUAUAGUGUCCUGAUGCUGGACGAGGCGCAUGAGAGGACUCUGUACACAGACAUUGCCAUCGGACUGCUGAAAAAGAUUCAGAAAAAACGGAGAGACCUUCGUCUAAUAGUGGCUUCUGCCACCCUGGAUGCCAAGAAAUUUCAAGAGUUCUUCAACCUGAAUGAAUCUGGAGACCCCAGCAAGGACACCUGUGGUAUUCUGACUGUGGAAGGACGCACCUUCCCUGUGGACAUCUUUUACACAGUCAGCCCUGUUCCGGACUAUGUGAAAGCCACCGUGGAGACGGUGCUGAAGAUCCAUGAGACAGAGGAUGAUGGAGAUGUUCUAGCCUUUCUCACUGGACAGGAAGAAGUAGAGAAGGUGGUGAGUAUGCUUGUGGAGCAGGCUCGGGCUCUCUCCCGGUUUGGCAUGAAGAAGCACCUUCGUGUUCUUCCCAUGUACGCUGGUCUGCCCUAUGCUGAACAGAUGAAGGUUUUUGAGAGGGUGCCCCCUACUGUGCGAAAGGUGGUUGUGGCCACCAACAUUGCAGAGACCUCCAUCACCAUCAAUGGAAUUGUGUUUGUUAUCGACUGUGCAUUUGUCAAGCUGCGAGCCUAUAAUCCCAGAACAGCGAUUGAGUCUCUGGUGGUGACCCCCAUCUCUAAGGCCUCUGCCAGCCAGAGGGCAGGCCGAGGGGGGCGAAACCGUUCCGGGAAGUGUUUUCGCCUGUACACUGAGGAGGACUUUGAAAAGCUGCCUGCUGCCACAGUUCCAGAGAUGCAGCGAACCAACCUUGCUCCAGUCAUCCUGCAGCUGAAAGCCCUGGGAAUCGACAAUGUGCUUCGUUUCAACUUCCUCUCACCUCCACCUGCUCAGUCCAUGGUCCAGGCUCUGGAGCUGCUUUAUGCCCUGGGUGGCUUGGAUCAGUAUGGGCGUCUGACUGACCCCAUGGGUGUACGCAUGGCUGAGUUUCCUCUUAGUCCCAUGUUUGCCAAGAUGCUCCUGGAGUCGGGGAACUUCGGCUGCUCCAAGGAGGUUGUGACCAUUGCGGCCAUGAUGCAGAUCCAGAAUAUCUUUGUGGUGCCGCCCAACCAGAAGAAGGCAGCUGCUAAGGAGCACAGGAAGUUUGCCGUGGCCGAAGGGGACCACCUCACUAUGCUGAACGUAUAUGAAGCUUUCAUCAAGCACCAGAAGAGCUCCCAGUGGUGCCAGGAACACUUCCUCAACUACAAGGGGCUCUUGCGCGCGGUGACAGUCAGGGAGCAACUCCGUCGUCUUAUGAACAAGUUCAAGGUGCCCCGCACGUCCAGUGAAGGUGACCCCGAUGUGAUCCUCAGGUGCAUCGUCUCUGGGUUCUUUGCAAACGCAGCCCGGAUGCACCAUUCAGGCUCCUACAGGACUCUUAAAGAUGAUCGAGAGCUGCACAUCCAUCCUAACUCAGUCCUGUUUGGUGAGAAGCCCCCAAAAUGGGUGGUCUUUAAUGAGGUGGUUCAAACGUCUCAGUACUUCAUGCGUGAUGUGACUGCGGUGGAGUCGUCUUGGCUGGUAGAACUGGCGCCACACUUCUACAAGCAGGCUAAGCAUGGGUCUCUGAGCAGCAGCAAGAGGGCCAAAGUCAUCUGAACCGGACGCCCUGUCCCACUGUCCCCUACACAGCCGCUUGCCCUGGGCCGCCCCUGCAGGAGCUAGGAUGGUCAUAGCUUUAGCCAGCAGUGCUCAAACAAGAAAGGCAAUGAGAGGUAGAAACCAGUGUGUAGGGGGAGUGGGACAUGCGAACCAAAGAGGAGAACCAACACUGUGUCCACCUGUCAUGUACAUAGGGAUGUAUUAUAUAUUUAUUUUCUCACAUCCUGUCACAUCUGUACAUAGAAACGGAAGCUCAUGUCUGGCUGACUCCCAUUCCCGUCUGUUAGCCAGACGUAGGCUGAAUUUAUUUUUUUAUCUUUUUAAGUUACGGCAUGACACGGAACAGUAUCAUAAGAGGGAAUAUGACAAUGUGACAUUUUUGACAGGCUCAGAAGUUAUUUCUGAAAGCAGACUUUAUUGACAGAAUGAGAAUCCAAGCUUUGUGGUAUCAGAUUUGGUAAUGUAUGCCAUAAUCUGUCAAGCAGUGAGAAGCUUUUAUGGCCUGUGAUUCAGUGAUGUUGCCGCAGUUGGCUUUAUGUCUAGGUAUACUGUAUACUAAAAGCCAGGUGUGCAUCUUCGCAAAGCUUGAACUGAUCGAAUGGGUUUUUUGCUCCACACUUUCAUAAAGCUCAUUUGUUUUA